AUCGAAUUUCGCUAGCUGUGCGCCUGAAGUUUUAGUUUAGUUUAGUUCUUAACUGCUCAAAAAAGAUUUCAAAUAGUCUGUAGUCAGAAUGUUCGGAAAAAAUUCUUUGCUGUUGGGAAAAGUUUUCCUGCUGGUGACUGUGAUUGGAGUUGUUAUUGCAUGCAAUGGCGGUUACAAGGUCAAGGUGCGAAAGAUUCAGAACUGUGCCGGCUCGGAUGCGGUCAUCACGGCCAACGAAAACUACACGGUGGUGCUGACGAAGAACUGCGACAUCAAGUCCCGCGGGUGCGUGCAGUUCAAAUCGUUCAAGACGGCCGUCGCGAAGUACAAGGUCCGCAAGGAUGGUAUGUUGAUGCUGCAGGGUAGUUUGGACCUGUGCGACCAGCUAGCGAUCGGCAACCAGGACGCCACGAUCGGUCCGAUGCUACGGACGUUCAAUCUGCCGGAGAAGUGUCCGGUCGAGGGGGGAACUCUGUGCACCGAUCCGUCACAGACGAUCAAUAUUGCGCCGUUUGCACAGUUCCUCGCACUGGCACAGGGAACGAUUGACGUUGAAACCGAGAUUCAACACGACACGGGCAGAAGUUGCUUCCGAGUCAGGUUCGAAGUCACAAAGUGAUCGUCGUGCAGGUUACGUCUGAUGGAAUCAAUUAAAAUAAUAGCUAUGUGUACCUAAUAAACUGUGGCUGGCGGGUGUUAAAAAGAAUAUGAAUUGUUACCUCAUACAAUACACGAUAUGUCUGA